AUGCAUCAAUCGAGCAUCAAUCGAACCCAGAUUAGGGUAAUUUGGUUUAACUCGUCUCCUCCCAUUCCCUCUCUGUCUCUCUCUCCCUGUCUGUUCUUCUUUCCUACCCUCCCUCUUGCGCUCGCUCCCGACGCUGGCCUCCAUUUCUGCCUCUCCCACAUUCUCUCUGUGUCUUCAAGUCGCAAUCCUCCCACUCGCAAGGUAGGGUUUCCGAUUGUGAAUCGCGACACUGUGCUUCGAUUGGGUCACCGAAGGCUAGGGUUUCCAACACCACAGCCACCGUCAUCAUCAUCAGCUUCCUCAAAUUCUACAUUGACGCCGCUGUCUUCUCUUUCUCUCUCUGCUUCGAACCCCCAUGGGAGCUCUCCGGUUUUCUCCAACAAUAUGGGAAAGAAAUCUGAGCCCAUCAUAACAAAAUGCAAGGACAGCGAAAACUGGAUAAAAGUUACAUUUAAGCCUGACUUAGCAAAAUUCAAUAUGACUCAUCUUGAAGAUGAUGUUGUUGCCCUGAUGAAAAAGCGGGUGAUUGACUUGGCGGGAUGCCUUGGAAAGACUGUGAAGGUUGAGCUUAAUGGGCAACGUAUUCCAGUAAAGUCUUUUCUUGACUAUGUUAAUCUCUACCUUCAAUCUGCCUCCAAAGCCAGACUAGAUGCCCUCCCAGAGUUUUCAUUUCAAUAUUUAUUGAUUCAUUUUACUUCUCAUAAUUUUAAUCAAAAUACUAUUCAAAUUCAACAAUUUCAUCAGGAUUGCUGA